AUGCCAAACUUUUCCUACCUCAUCCCCGACAGGACUUUUGUCUUCCGCUUACAGAACCCCGAGAAUGUCCUCGUGGAAGUUGAGUAUGGUCGAGUCGCUUUCCAGAAUGAAAGUCAGUUGAUCAGCUCCGGUACCGACAAACGCCGCUGGCAGUGGCGCGUUGUCCUAAAGAAUGGUUGCUUCAAUUUCAGGAACGUGUACUUCGGUGGCCUGCUCCAAAUCGCAGGCAGCAACCCCAGUGGGCCACGCGCAAGGUUCUGUGUCGGCGAGGAAUCGAAUAAUGGAUGCUUCAAGCUAUAUCACAACGAUGAAGGACAACUUGAUCCGUGGUCGACCGCAGCCCUCCGCGAUCCCAAUUCCACGUACCCAAUAUUGUUUGACGACGUCGCGAAUCGUCACAUUUGUCAUUUCAAGUUUGAGUUGAUCCAGAGCUGA